GCUGAUGGAGACCGUUGGCCGUGGUCAGGACCGUGUGGUCGCCCUGAUCGACAUGGACUGUUUCUAUGUCCAGGUUGAACAGAAGAGCGAUCCUGAGCUUCGGGGCAAGCCGUGUGCUGUGGCCCAGUAUAAAACCUGGCAGGGAGGCGGGAUCAUUGCUGUCAGCUAUGAAGCUCGAGCGUAUGGGGUGACCAGGGGAAUGAGAGGUGUUGAAGCAAAGAAGAAGUGUCCCCAACUUCUGCUGGCUCGUAUCCCAGAGGCUCAUGGCAAGGCCGACCUCAGCAAGUACCGGGAGGCCAGUGUCCAGGUGAUUGCAGUGAUGUCUCGGUUUGCAGUGAUAGAGCGUGCCAGCAUCGACGAGGCCUAUGUGGAUCUGACAGCUGCAGCGCGGCAACGUGUGAGGCAGAUACAAGGCCAGCGGCUUGAUCGCAGCCUCCUGAAAACCACCUUUGUGGAAGGUUUUACCCAGCACCACCCCGUUCAGCAAUCCGGAGACCCGGCUGCUCAGAGAGAAGAGCAGCGGAGAGCUGGGAUUGAGGCAUGGCUCGAUUCCCUUCCCGGUCACUGUGACCAGGACAGUCCUGAUCUCCAGCUUACAGCUGGAGCACUGAUAGUGGAGGAGAUGCGAGCAGCUGUGGAGGCAGAGACUGGAUACAGAUGUUCAGCUGGUAUAUCACACAACAAGGUCUUGGCCAAGCUGAGCUGCGGGUUGAAUAAGCCAAACCGUCAGACACUGCUGCCGAUGUGCUCUGUGACAGGCCUCUUCGACACGCUGCCCAUCGGCAAGAUCCGCAAUCUGGGUGGGAAGCUGGGAGAGUCUGUCACUCAGCAACUCAACGUCAAGUACGUGGGGCAACUCCGAGAGUUCCCAGAGCGUCAGCUCCAGGCCGAGUUCGGAGAGAGAACCGGGAGUUGGCUGUUUGACCUGUGCCGUGGAGUGGAGUUUGAACCUGUCCGAGCUCGGCAGCUCCCCAAGUCCAUUGGGUGCAGCAAGAACUUUCUCGGUACCGAGGCCCUGAGCAGUUGUGAGCAGGUGAAGCACUGGCUCCUGCAGCUCGCCACUGAACUGGAGGAGAGACUGAACAAGGACAGGGAGCAGAACCAGCGUGUGGGGAAACUGCUGUCGGUGGUGGUGCGGCUGGAGGGAGCCGGGAAAAGCACCAGUUUCUCCCGGUGCUGUGCCCUGUCACAGUAUCAAUCUCAGAGGAUUGCAAAGGAUGCCUUAUCAUUGAUCAAAGGAUUUAACAGGGCAGCAAGUCACCAGGCUGCAUGGUUCCCAGCUGUCACCAGUCUCUGCCUGGCCACCAGUAAAUUCUCUGAACCCUUCCCAACCUCAGCAAUGCGCAUCAGUCAGUUCCUCAGCGACGAUGGAAGAUCCCGACAGGCAGCCAGUCGCAGCUCUCCAUCCCAGGCGGAGGGAGGGGCUGGGGCGGAGGGAGCUCCCUCAGGGAAGGUGGCACAGGGCAGUGCCGGGCACAGGAAGCCCGGAGCAGGAACUAUUGCUUCGUACUUCCAGAGGGUCAGGUCAUGUCCUGAUGCCACAACGACCCCUGUGACCGGGCUGUCCUCACUCAAAGGUCACGUGACAACUGGACAAAGUUUCCCAAUGAGACCAUCAUUCUUCAAGAGCAAAGCCCUCGUUGGAUCCCCCCUCGAGGAGUCUCACCGAGUCCACUUCCCAGAGACCCCCGGAUCCCCCCUUGCGGAGUCUCACCGAGUCCACUUCCCAGAGACCCCCGGAUCCCCCCUUGCGGCGUCUCACCGAGUCCACUUCCCAGAGACCCCCGGAUCCCCCCUUGCCGAGUCUCACCGAGUCCACUUCCCAGAGACCCCCGGAUCCCCCCUUGCGGAGUCUCACCGAGUCCACUUCCCAGAGACCCCCGGAUCCCCCCUUGCGGAGUCUCACCGAGUCCACUUCCCAGAGACCCCCGGAUCCCCUCUCGCGGAGUCUCACCGAGUCCACUUCCCAGAGACCCCCGGAUCCCCCCUUGCGGAGUCUCACCGAGUCCACUUCCCAGAGACCCCCGGAUCCCCCCUUGCGGAGUCUCACCGAGUCCACACCCCAGAGACCCCCGGAUCCCCCCUUGCGGAGUCUCACCGAGUCCACUUCCCAGAGACCCCCGGAUCCCCCCUCGCGGAGUCUCACCGAGUCCACUUCCCAGAGACCCCCGGAUCCCCCCUUGCGGAGUCUCACCGAGUCCACACCCUAGAGACCCCCGGAUCCCCCCUUGAGGAACCCCAGUCCCUUCCCCAGCCUUGGCCAUCCUCUGCGGCCCUCUCUCCAGAGUUGCUGCUACGGUGUGUGAAGUGUGGUGAGCACAAGGCUCCCUGGGAAAUGCCUGAGCACGAGGAUUUCCAUUUUGCUCUUGACCUGCAAAAGUCCCUCUCUGCGCCCCCCUCACCCCCUCCCAGCCCACAGGCUCCUGCCAGCUCCACUGGAUGCCUAAAGAAAAAGGCAGCGAGACAGUUAGUACCUGGGGGUAAACGGCCCCGGGUCAGCUCAGAGCGCACUUUGGACUCGUACUUUAAAAUAAACCAGAACUGAGAGCCGGGCGGAGCGGGGCCUGGACGUACAGGCGGAGGGUAACCUGGGCGUACAGGCAGAGCGGGGAACCUGGGCGUUCAGGCGGAGAGGGGAACCUGGGCGUUCAGGCGGAGAGGGGAACCUGGGCGUUCAGGCGGAGAGGGGAACCUGGGCGUUCAGGCGGAGAGGGGAACCUGGGCGUUCAGGCGGAGAGGGGAACCUGGGCGUACAGGCGGAGAGGGGAACCUGGGCGUACAGGCGGAGAGGGGAGCCUGGGCGUACAGGCGGAGAGGGGCGCCUGGGCGUACAGGCGGAGAGGGGGACCUGGGCG